CCCUUCCCCAAACGAUUUUUUCCAAUCAAACCCUUCUUCGAUGUCCUAUCAAUUCCAUAAUUGCAGAGAAGAAGCUAAGGUACAGUUCUUUGCCACACCACCACAUGCUACUCCACGUCUCCACCGUCACACAUCGUCACCCGCCGCUCCACCCUCACACUCCAUCACUGUUGUAGGGAAGUUCAAAUCCCUCUCUCAAAGUUCACCACUGUUGGUCGACAUUGUCUUAUUCUUCUUUCGCGGCUUCGAUGUACUUCAAAUCAAGUGCAUACUUUCACUCCCAGAUUUGUGUCGACUGUUUCUUCAAAGUUCACAUCUAAAGUUCCCGGUUGCUAGGUCUCAGAUCUGAACUUUUUUUGCUCUGGAGACAACGAUUGAAAUUGACGGUGACCUAUUUCGGGAUGAUCAUAUCCGAUAUCAUCAGAUUUUGAGAGGGGAUGACCGAAUGGGGAUGGAUAGGGGGCUACGACCAGGUAACUAAUUGGAUUAGAUAAUUGUAACUAAUGAGAUUGUGUAACUGUAACUUAUUUUGUCAGAUAAUUGUAAUUUGUAACCGGUCAGAUUUGGUAACUGUAACUGACUGGGUUGAGUAAUUGUAACUAAUUGAGUCAGGUCACUAGACGGGUUGGUCACUGAAGCGAUUAUGUCACUGUGCGAGUUAGGUCACUGGGUCGAGUUUUGUCACUGUCAUUUGUAAGUGAC